AUGCCACACAUUUUUGACAACGGCUCCUGGGUUAAUAACAAUAGACAGCAUGAGUACCCUGGAAGUGAAAUUGCAGAAUGUAUCAAGCGCAAUGAUGAUACAGCUUUCCGGCACUUAUUCCUUGGUGGAUUACGCGAUUUUGCAGACAACAAUGACACCAACAAUGUUACAACUUUAAAGGACAAUUCCUUUGCUGCUUUUGUUAUCAAGAACAGUAUUGGCAUGACUCACAGCAUUGGACUGAUCUCUGGUUUAAUAUUACUUUUCUUUGGCCCACUGCUUGCACAAGUGAGGAGAUGA